CAACGGUAUGAUGAAUCGCUAAGGUAACGGUUGUUGAUUUACGUUAUUCAUAAAGAGUCAUCAAAUUCAAUUUUAUUCUGAGAUUCAAAAUUAUAAUAUAAUAAGCUUUACACACACACAAUUAACUUUUAAAAAUGUCAAAAAAUACAAGAAGUAAUUCAAUCAAAAGAGACAGUUCGACUUUAAAGAGAAACUCCAAAAGUAAUUUAGCUGAUAGGUUUGAAUUUUAUGCCCGAAUAGUCAAGUUAGUAAUACUCAGAAAAGAUGACACGGAUGUCGUAUCAAAGUACUCGACUUGGCUGAAAAAGUUGAGAAAACAUCCGAAUGAAACGCUCAAGUACGACUACGUCAAGUUACUCGUCAUGGGACUCAACCAUCCGGUACCGGUGUGCCCCUUCAACGAGUACCCACCAGACGUCAUCGAACCUCUGGAAGGCGAAUGGAUCGUAAACGCUAGGAACAUUUUCUACAACGGCGAUCCGUCUUGCCGACCGAUCGUCCUGAACCCGCCAAUCAUGACGGCCGUGUCGGACGAUAAGUGUCAGUUCGCCGCCUAUCAGGAAAUACCGAAUGCGGGGCUUCAGUGUUAUUACGCUCAGUCCGACGAACCGCUGUACGAGUGGUUUUUCAAACACGACUCAUUAUCAAUUCCACCAGAAAAUCCUGUCCAAGCCAUCCCGUUAGACUGGGAAAGGUCUCUGGCCGGAAUUCACGUGGCACCUCCUAAAAUCCCUUCUAAAAGGAAGACAAGCUCGUCGCCGAUUCAAAGACCAUCAUCGUUGAGCGUUAUAGGGAGCAAAGUCGAAGAGAAAAGGGACUUUUGCAAAAUACUCUCCACAUAUCAAGAAAUGUUUAACAUAACGACGCACUUCAAAUGGAACGAGAAAAGUUUAUUAACGGGCGACACAAUACCUGGUUCCGAUUUGUGUAUCGAUUGGUUUAUUCACGAACACGAAAGAACACAAUUGGACAUAGACGAGGAAAUGAUUAGGUCGUUUGAUAAACUGUACCCACACAAUUUCCGUCUGUCAGCAAGACCUGAAUUAUUAGAAGGACUUGUUAGGAAAAUGGACUGUGCCGAAGAAAAUGCUAAAUGCAUGGACGCGGAAUGUGCUAAAGUUGAAGAAGAGGAUUGCAAAUACCGAUAGGAAAAGAAGCGGUCUUGAGAGUUAGGAGGCGCUCAGAAAGACCUCUCUCAGUCCAACAUCCGAUUGACUUGGGAUGGCUUGGACAACAUUGUCUGAUAGAAUUAGUAGCCGUGUUUGAAAAACCACUCAGAAUAAGUGGAAUAACAAUGAAUCUCCUUGCAUUAAGUUCAUUUCUGAUAGGCUGCAAACACUCAUCUGACCCGGUGACUACGGUCACGACUGGUGAGUUUGAGAAAAUGUUCUGGCGUUUACCAUCCAAUUGCCUUCCAGAGAUUCGUCGAAGGGGCACACCUGUACCUACUGGAUGGUUGAGUCCCAGACGAGGUCUUGAUGUGGUCGUAUCUGACCACAUCGUUCGAAUGUUUCCUUAACGCAUCCAGCCUCCUUGAGUACUUAUAGUUGAUGAAAAAUCAACAUAUAUAGGUUAACUAAGUUACCGCUACUAUCAGUGUUAUUUAAAAUGUUUAUCUGAAUAAAUUUGUUUUAUAGUUUU